CAGCGAGGGUAACCAAGGAGAGCGGGACCCAGAGAAAUAAUUGGCAAUAAGAUCCCUGUAGCCAUGGCUAGCUCUGACGUGAAACCAAAAUCAAUAAGUCGUGCCAAAAAAUGGUCAGAAGAGAUAGAAAAUCUGUACAGAUUUCAGCAAGCAGGAUAUCGGGAUGAAAUUGAAUAUAAACAAGUGAAACAAGUUUCUAUGGUAGAUCGUUGGCCAGAGACGGGAUACGUGAAGAAACUCCAGAGAAGGGACAAUACUUUCUAUUACUACAACAAACAGAGGGAGUGUGACGACAAGGAAGUCCACAAAGUCAAAAUUUAUGCUUACUAGCUUUCGUUCUUUGUGUUGUCAUCAUCUAAGACUUCAUUGCUUCAUUCUACAUCAUGUAAAUGUCAUUUUACAAAAUAAUUCAAAAUGCAGACCUCAGUUGAAUGUUUUGAAACACAAAAGCUAUGAAACCUGGUAUCAAUCAGCCUGUUCUAUUCUAAAAUAUAAUUACAGAAGCAUUAAAGUUGUACCC